AUGACCCAGCACAGCUUCUAUCCGAAACCGUUUGAACUGUCGCUGUCAGCACUGAAAAGCGUCUUUGAAUCGGACAAUCCCAGCUAUUCCAAGCGCGUGCCAAACUGCCAGAAAUGCGGUCAACAUGGACAAAAGUCGCGACUGAAGGGACACAAGCGAUUAUGCCCGUUUAAGGAUUGCCCAUGUGCCAAGGACCAGAUUUUGAUCGAGCCUGGCGUUGGCUUGGUAUUAAUCGAGUAUCCCGAAAAAUUUUGA